GAAGCGCCAUUUGAGCCCUAGAUCCUCCUCUCCCGUCUCCCUGCUCUCCGUUUCCGCACCACCGCAGCCGCCAGAUCCUUCUCCGGCCGCCACCGCGAUGGAGAGGGUGCUCAAGGAUGACGCCGUCCAGGAGAAGGGCGAGCGCGCCAGGAUGGCUUCUUUUGUAGGCGCCAUGGCGAUCGCCGACCUAGUCAAGACCACGCUGGGACCAAAAGGAAUGGACAAGAUCCUUCAGUCAACCGGCAGAGGGCGGACAGUCACUGUCACAAAUGACGGUGCUACCAUUUUGAAGUCCCUCCAUAUCGACAACCCUGCUGCCAAGGUCCUUGUUGACAUCUCGAAAGUCCAAGAUGAUGAAGUUGGUGAUGGAACGACUUCUGUUGUUGUUUUGGCUGGAGAACUUUUGAGGGAGGCUGAAAAGCUGGUUAACAUGAAGAUUCAUCCCAUGACUAUUAUUGCAGGUUACAGAAUGGCUGCUGAGUGUGCCAGAAAUGCUUUGCUACAGAAGACCAUGGACAACGGAGAAAAUAUAGAUAAGUUCAGAUCAGAUCUCAUGAACAUUGCUAUGACUACACUUAGUUCAAAAAUUCUGUCCCAGGACAAGGAGUACUUUGCUGAACUUGCAGUUGAUGCUGUCCUAAGGCUUAAGGGUAGCACCAACUUGGAAUCAAUCCAAAUUCUGAAGAAACCUGGAGGGUCUCUCAAGGAUUCCUUUUUGGACGAAGGGUUUAUUCUUGAUAAGAAGAUUGGUCUUGGGCAACCAAAGAGAAUUGAAAAUGCUAAUAUUUUGGUUGCAAAUACUGCUAUGGACACAGACAAAGUUAAGAUCUAUGGAGCACGUGUCCGAGUGGAUUCGAUGUCCAAGGUUGCAGAUAUCGAAGCUGCUGAAAAGCAGAAGAUGAGAGAGAAAGUUAAUAAGAUCAUUGGUCAUGGAAUCAACUGCUUUGUCAACAGGCAGUUGAUCUAUAACUUCCCUGAAGAACUUUUUGCUGAUGCUGGUAUACUUGCAGUCGAGCAUGCUGACUUUGAGGGCAUCGAACGGCUAGCUCUUGUCACUGGUGGUGAUAUCGCAUCGACUUUUGACAACCCAGAAUCUGUUAAGCUUGGGCACUGCAAGCUCAUUGAAGAGAUUAUGAUUGGGGAGGACAGGCUGAUACAUUUUUCUGGGGUUGCAAUGGGGCAAGCUUGCACCAUUGUCCUGAGGGGAGCAAGUGAGCACGUGCUUGACGAGGCGGAGAGGUCCUUGCAUGAUGCCUUGUGUGUGCUUUCUCAGACAGUAAAGGACACACGUGUCAUAUUUGGUGGCGGAUGGCCUGAGAUGGUGAUGGCCAAGGAGGUGGAUGAACUUGCAAGGAAGACCCCUGGGAAGAAAUCUCAUGCAAUCGAUGCUUUUUCUCGUGCGCUGCAAGCCAUACCGACAAUCAUUGCUGACAAUGCUGGUCUGGACAGUGCCGAGUUGAUCUCCCAGCUUCGAGCUGAACACCACAAAGAGAACAGCACUGCUGGAAUCGAUGUCAUCACGGGCGGCCUGGGAGACAUGCAAAAGCGUGGGAUAUGCGAGGCGUUCAAGGUGAAGCAAGCCAUCAUCCUUUCCGCGACCGAGGCAGCCGAGAUGAUCCUCAGGGUCGACGAGAUCAUAACCUGUGCCCCACGCAGGAGAGAGGACAGAAUGUGAUAGAUCCCACGAGCUGUUGUGAUGCAGGUUUGUGUGUAUGCCAAGUUUUGGCUGGGGUACUGUGGUCUGCUACUGUUUUGAGUUGACAAUCCAUUUUGACUGUUGCUGACCGACCCCCCAUGCUGUUGAAACUUGUUGUGGGACUAGCUGAUUUCCCGUAGGCUUAUGUUGUAAUACCGUAGCCUUUGGUAUCUUUGCGGUGUGCUGUUAUCUUAUUUACGAUGUUGGCUUAAUAGGAGGAUAUCUUUGUUUC